UCUUGGAGGUAACUUCUCUUCUCACUCAGACCAGCUUUUGACUUUGCAACCGACGGCCAAGUAAACGGUCAACUACAAUCUAAUACCCCGAGUGCUAAGACGCCGGAUUUUGUCACUUCAUUUACAAUCGAUUAUUAUUCCCAGUUGAUCCUCUCGCCGUUUGAAUUCCUCGCCAUUUCGGUUGUUAAUUCGACAGUGGUGGAUACUCGAGGGAGCUGGAGAUACCAUUGGUGAUGUGAUUUGUGAAAUUUCCAUUGAGUCAGAAAUUGGAUGCAGCCGUAUUUGACAGGUACCGGUUGUACCUCGCCGCAUUUCAAAAACCAUAAAGCAACCAAGUGAGGUCAGGAAUUCCAGCGCAUGCGCGUACAGACGAUUGAACGGAGACAACCGAGGAAAACAGACCAGAGAGAAGUGGAAUUCACAGGAAUAGAGGCCCCCUCUCCCCCUCCAGCCCCCAAAGGACAAACUAAAAAGCAAAACUAAAACAUCGAAAAAAGAAGUCGCCAGUGGCCCAACAGGUCUGUUUCUCCUGCUUGUCCACCACUACUGACGGCUGAGCACACAAGUGUUUUUCCACCACCAUAGCCGGCAAAAACCAAUCACCCAUCGUCAGCCACAAGAUUUACGUGUAGUUGUUGCGUACAAACAGGCCGAUAAAAUGAAUGAGAAUGAUAAGUCAGUCAGAGACGGGAACUCCGCACAGGAGGAGGAAGAAAUGUUUGAGCGGGAACUUGCUGAGGAUGCGCAGUGGAAGAGAAUACAGCAAAAUACAUUUACAAGAUGGGCAAAUAAACAUCUCAAAUGUGUUAACAAAUAUAUCAAUGAUUUGGAGGGUGAUCUGUCCGAUGGGCUUUUACUCGUGAGUUUGCUGGAGGUAUUGUCCCAAAAACGACUGCCAAAGCACAACAAAAAGCCCAAUUUUAGAUCGCAAAAGUUGGAGAAUGUGGCUGUUGCACUUAAAUUCCUUGACGACCAGGGAAUACGCAUUGUUAACAUUGAUUCAUCGGACAUCGUUGAUUGCAAAUUGAAGCUCAUCCUCGGUUUAAUAUGGACCCUCAUUCUCCAUUACUCAAUCUCCAUGCCAAUGUGGGAUGGUGAUGAUGGAGACGACACGGAGAAAGGUGCAACACCGAAGCAGAGACUAAUGAACUGGAUAAAAUCGAAAUUGCCGGAAGUGCCGAUUAAUAACUUCACGUCAGAUUGGAACGAUGGAAAAGCCGUGGGUGCACUGGUCGAUGCUGUUGCCCCUGGUCUCUGCCCAGAUUGGCAGAACUGGGAUCCCAAGGAUGCUGCCCAAAAUGCCGCUGAAGCUAUGGGACUGGCUGAUGACUGGCUCAAUAUUCCUCAGCUCAUUAGCCCUGAAGAAAUGGUCAAUCCAAACGUAGACGAAUUGUCCAUGAUGACAUAUCUCUCUCAAUAUCCACACGCUAAAUUGAAGCCUGGUGCUCCAAUCAGACCACGCACCAAUCCAAACAGCGUGCCUCCGCCCCGAGUACGUGCCUAUGGUCCUGGAAUCGAACCGAAGGGCCCGAUUGUCGGUGCUCCAGCAAAUUUCACCGUUGAGACUUUCUCAGCAGGAAAAGGCGAUGUUCAGGUGACAGUUGAUGAUCCCAAGGGUCAAAAAUUGCCUGUUGACAUUCGCUUCAACAAUGACAGAAAUCUCACCUACUCUGUUUCGUACACACCGAAAGCCGAGGGCCCUCACAAGGUGAAAAUACUUUAUGGAGGUCGAGAAAUUCCAAAGAGUCCGUAUCCUGUUCUGGUCGAGGGUCAACCUGGCGAUCCUGGCAAAGUCACUGCUAGUGGACCUGGAUUGCAACCCCAAGGUGUCGUCGUCAAUCGUCCAACUUAUUUCGAUAUAUUUACCAAGGAUGCUGGAAGGGGAGUUCCUGAAGUCAUCAUUCUCGAUCCUCAGAGCUCGAAGACUACAGUUCCCGUAAAACUGCGUCAAACAUCCCCAGACGUCUGGCGCUGUGAGUACUGUUCCCCAGUGACAGGUCUCCACUCAGUAAACGUAUUCUUCGCUGGUAAACUGAUCCCAAAGAGUCCAAUGGGAGUCAACGUCGCCCCAGUAUCAGACGCCAAGAAGUGUCGUGCUUACGGUCGAGGUCUGCUCUCCACCGGUGUUCGUGUGAAAGACAUCGCAGACUUCACGAUUACCACCAACGACGCUGGAGAAGGAGUGGUUGACGCUCGCUGCAUCGGUCCAGGUGGUGUGAGCCUCCCCGUCACCAUAAACAAGGUCGACGACAACACGUACAAGUGCCACUACGUCCCAGUGAAGGAUGGGCGCCACGUGGUGAUGAUAACUUACGGUGGAAAGGAGAUCCCCAAGUCACCAUUCGAGGUGAACGUCGGUCCCUACAAAGAAUCCUCAAUCCGAGUAUUCGGGCCAGGAUUGCACGGGGGAAUUGUCAAUCACCCAGCGAAAUUCACUGUGGACACCAAUGGCGAGACUGGAGCUCUGGGAUUCUCCAUCGAGGGCCCGUCCAAAGCGAAAAUCGAGUGCCAAGACAAUGGAGAUGGAACUGCUGAUGUCACCUAUCUGCCAACAGCCCCAGGGCCAUACGCAGUGCACAUCCUCUGCGACAACGAGGACAUUCCCAAGUCUCCGUACAUCGCAAACAUUGUUCCUGCGAGUGACUUUCAUCCUGAUAAAGUCGAGGUUUCCGGCCCAGGGAUUCAACCUGAAGGUGUUCACCGCGAUAAGCCCACUCACUUCACGAUAGACCCACGAAAGGCUGGACAGGCGCCUCUGGAGGUGGCCAUUCAAGACGCCCUUGGACGUCAAGUGCCUGUGAAGCUCGAUAACAAGAAAGAUGGGACUGUCCAGGCUCACUACACUCCGACCUCUGGGGCUGGACACGUGGUGAUGGUGAAUUAUGGAAACGUCGCCACGAAGAAAUCCCCUUACAGGGUCAAAGUCACCUCUCCAUUGAAUCCAGCAAUGGUCCAGGCCUUUGGACCUGGCCUCGAGAAAGGAGUCAAGUCUAACACUCCAACUCACUUCAAUAUUGACUGCAGAGAGGCUGGCAACGGAGAACUCGAUGUCAACAUGACUGGACCCGAUGGACGUGAUCUUCCAGUGACGUUGAGUGAUAAUGAGGAUGGCACUUACACUGUUGACUACGUGGCGCCUCUACCUGGAACCUACAAGGUGGAUCUCACCUACGGAGGACUGAAGGUACCUAAAUGUCCAAUGAAGGUGAACGUUCAGCCUCAUGUGGACGUCUCCAAGAUCAAGGUCGACGGGCUAGAACCUAGCAUAGCUGUGAACAUCCCGACUGAAUUCACUGUUGACACCAGGGCAGUUCCGAAAACGAAAACAGAUGAUGGAAAGGUUUCUUGUUCAAUUACGAAUCCAAGUGGAGGAAAAACUGAGAAGACAAUAACGCCACAGAACGAUGGAACUUACCGUAUCAGUUACACACCUUUUGAGGAGGGUCCUCACACCAUUGAUAUUCUUUACGAUAAUGUGCCUGUUCCGGGCUCUCCGUUCUCGGUUAAUGUCAAGAGGAUUUGUGAUCCGACCAAGUGCAAGGCUUACGGACCAGGUUUGAAGAAGGGAAUUGUGGAUAAGGUCAAUAAGUUCACCGUUGAGACAAGUGAUGCUGGAAAUGGUGGGUUGGGUCUUGCCAUCGAGGGUCCCUCUGAAGCCAAGAUGACCUGCAAGGACAACUACGAUGGCUCCUGCAGUGUGGAGUAUGUACCCACAGAACCAGGUGACUACGACGUAGCCAUCAAGUUCGGUGAGAAGCACAUCCCAGGCUCGCCCUUCAGGGUCCCAGUGGAGAACGCAGUCGAGGGUAGAAAUGACGUGAUAGCCUACGGACCAGGUCUAGAGCCCGAGAUGGUUCGCGAGGGUGUACCAGCGCAAUUCAUGGUGGACACUUCGAAAUGCCCUGGAGAGCAACUCAACGUAAAACUGAAGACAGACAAGGGCCAGAUGCAGAAACCCAAGAUCGAGAGUCGGGGGAAUGGCCUCUACGAGGUAACUUAUAUGCCCCCAGCAGCUGGAGCUAACAUCCAAGUUGAUGUUUUAUACGGGAAUAAGAGAAUCCCUGAUAGCCCCUACAGUUUCCACGUGAAACCAGGCUGCGAUCCCAAUAAAGUAGUUCUCUCCGGUCCUGGCGUUGCCUCGGUCUGCACAGCAUCUUUCCCAACAGACUUUGUCGUCGAUACAUCGAAAGCUGGAUAUGGCGAUCUCGAGGUUCAAGUGCUGGGACCUGAUCAAGCCCCACGUAAAGUGACUGUCCAAAACAUCGGGGAUGGCAAAUACAAGGCCACGUAUCUCCCCGACGACUGUGGGCGUUACAAAGUAAACGUCAAAUACGGAGGGAAAGAAGUUCCUAACAGCCCAGUUAAUGUCCAGAGUGUGUCCACUGGUAAAGCCGACCAAUGCAAAAUAAAAGAGGGUAUUCAGCAGACUCUAGCACCAGGCGAGGAGUACUCCAUAAACGUUGAUACCCAGAAUGCUGGACGUGGAGCUGUUACCUGCAGAAUUCGCUCGACAUCUGGCAGUGAGGUGGUGGACAUCGAUAUCGAAGACAAGGGGGAUGGCAAUGUUGAUGUAUACUACAAAGUCGAGGAUGCGGGUGACUACACACUGAGCAUUAAGUUUGGUGGUCAACCGGUGCCAAAUGGCUUCUACACAUUCACGGCAUCUGAGGAGUAUCGUGAGACAAGCACCCACAAGACCCACAGACGUGGCAGAAGGAGUCAGCACCAGGAGAGUGUCAUCGAGCAGCACAGCAGCUCAACUGUCCAGGAGACAAUAACAACAAAACGUAGUACAAAAAGCCAACACGAUACUACCAGCAAAUUCAAUUCAAUCAGACUCAACAAUAUCCCACUGCCAUCAUCAGCUGACGGUACAGUUACCUCCGAAGUUAAGAUGCCGAGUGGAAAUGUGGACAAACCAGUGAUCGAAGACAACCACGAUGGUACUGUCUCACUCAAGUAUGACCCGAGGGAAGAGGGACUCCAUGAAGUUUACGUUAAGUUCAAUGGAGAACAUGUUCAAGGUUCACCGUUCCACUUCCACGUGGACUCCCUCGCCAGCGGCUACGUCACAGCAUACGGUCCCGGUCUGAUCUACGGAGUGUGCGGUGAGCCCGCAAACUUCACAAUCUCCACAAAGGGUGCAGGAGCAGGAGGUCUCUCCCUAGCAGUCGAAGGCCCCAGCAAGGCAGAAAUCUCUUGCCACGACAACAAGGAUGGCACGGUGUCAGUGUCUUACCUGCCCACAGCCCCCGGAGAGUACAAGAUCUCCGUAAAGUUCGCGGACAAGCCCAUCAAAGGUAGUCCCUACGCCGCCAAGAUCACAGGUGAGGGUCGCAAGAGGAACCAGAUCUCCGUGGGUUCGUCGAGCGAGGUCCAGCUCCCAGGAAAGGUUUCCGACGCUGACAUUCGUUCAUUGAACGCCUCCAUCACAGCCCCAAGUGGCCUGGAGGAGCCCUGCUUCCUCAAGAAAAUGCCCAGUGGCAACAUGUGCGUGUCCUUCACCCCCAGGGAAUCUGGAGAGCAUGUUGUGGCAGUUAAACGUAUGGGCAAGCACAUUCAGAACUCGCCCUUCAAGAUCGAUGUCAAGGAUCGUGAGGUGGGUGAUGCCAAGAAGGUCAAGGUGACUGGAGGUGCUCUGAAGCAGGGAAAAACCCACGUGGAGAACACCUUCUCCAUUGACACCAGGAACGCUGGCUUCGGAGGUCUCUCUCUGUCCAUGGAGGGGCCCAGCAAGGCUGAGAUCCAGUGCAAGGACAACUCCGAUGGCACCCUCAACAUCUCCUACAAACCCACCGAGCCAGGAUACUACAUCAUGAACCUUAAAUUCGCUGAUCAUCAUGUCGAGGGCUCACCAUUCACUGUCAAGGUCACUGGAGAGGGCUCCAACAGGCAGAGGGAGAAGAUUCAGCGCCGUCGAGAGGCUGUCCCCAUCACCGAAGUGGGAUCCCAGUGCAAGUUGACGUUCAAGAUGCCCGGAAUCACCUCGUUUGAUCUCACGUCCAGUGUAACGUCCCCUGGUGGAGUCACUGAGGAUGCCGAGAUUAAAGAAGUUGAGGAUGGACUUUAUGCUGUGGCUUUUGUCCCCAAGGAGCUCGGGGUUCACACGGUCUCGGUUAAAUACAAGGAGAUGCACAUCCCUGGAUCACCGUUCCAGUUCACGGUGGGUCCGUUGAAGGAUGGUGGAGCCCAUAGGGUACAUGCUGGUGGUCCUGGAUUGGAGAGGGGGGAGCAGGGCGAACCUUGUGAGUUCAAUAUCUGGACCAGGGAGGCUGGUGCUGGCACACUGGCUGUCUCUGUUGAGGGACCCAGCAAAGCGCAGAUUGAUUUCAAGGAUCGAAAGGAUGGAUCCUGCUAUGUGAGCUAUCGUGUCACUGAACCUGGUGAUUAUAGAGUGGGAAUUAAGUUCAACGAUCAACACAUACCCGACUCGCCCCACAAAGUUUACAUAUCACCGGCUGUUGGAGACGCUCAUAAACUCGAAGUAGCUCAAUUCCCUGAGCAAGGAGUACAGCCUGACAAACCCCACACUUUCCUUGUACGCAACAACGGGGCCAAGGGACAGCUCGAUGGAAAGAUUGUAUCUCCAAGCGGUGUCGAAGACGACUGCUUCAUCCAGGCAAUUGACUCUGAAGAAUACUCAGUGAGAUUCAUGGCACGUGAGAAUGGAAUUCACAAUAUACAUCUCAAGUUCAACGGUGUUCACAUCAAUGGUAGUCCCCUGCGCGUGAAGGUCGGCAAAGUCGACGCCGAUCCAGCGGCAAUUCAGGCAUACGGUAAUGGUUUGAAGGAAGUGAAGACCGGUCAGAAGUUCGAUUUCAUCGUUGACACUUGCAAUGCCGGUGCUGGAGCACUUGCUGUCACUGUUGAUGGACCCAGCAAAGUGGCCAUGGAUUGCACUGAGGUGGAGGAGGGCUACAAGGUCAGGUACACACCCUUGGUACCUGGGGAUUACUACAUCAGUCUUAAAUACAACGGCUAUCAUAUCGCUGGAUCACCUUUCAAGGUUCCAUGCACUGGAACUGAUUUAGCUGAGAGAGGAGCAUCGGAGACCAGUUCUGUGGUAGUGGAGACAGUCCAGAAGUUUUCCAAAGCUAAGAAGGACCUAGUGCAAAUGCCCAAGUUCAAAUCAGACGCCAGCAAGGUCAGCAGUAAGGGUAUGGGUCUGAAGAAGGCAUACCUUGGUAAACAAAAUCAAUUCUCGGUCAACGCUGGUGAUGCCGGGCAAAACAUGCUGUUCGUUGGUGUCUAUGGACCCAAAGGACCCUGCGACGAGGUCUACGUUAAACACGCCGGACGCAACACUUACAACGUCAGCUAUCUCGUUCGUGAACGUGGCGAAUACCUCGUCAUCGUCAAGUGGGGAGAGGACCACAUCCCUGGAUCACCAUUCAAAGUAGACGUUUAAGAUGCUUUUAUAUCAAAAUUUCACGAUGAAACAAAAAUACGAGUGCCAACAUUUAGUUUUUAAGCCACAUCAAAUUGGCUGACCAUCGAUUAUGGACAAUUUGAAUGUUUAACAAUGACUUUCCUCAUUUUAUUGUGACACAUCAAGUCACAUCACUCUCAAGUAUUCAAAUUGUUCCAAGAUUUAUUUUGCAUAUUUUAUCCCUUUGUCUUUUGAGUUUCUUCUUCGAAUAGUUUUCUCCGCGCAAUGAGAACAACUUCAACUUUUUAUUAUGACUACUCUUUUCAUUUACUUAUAACUAUCCACAAAUUGAUUUUAGAAUGAAGUGAUUCUCUUGUUUAUAAUUAUGAGGAAAGAAGAAUGCCAAUUGUACAGAAUAACGAGAGUCAAUUCAUCGUUUACACCGAAUGAUACAAUACGAUUGCCAAAUGUGCCUUGAAAUUUUACUUAAAUGUGAAUGAAGAGGAAAAAAAUAAUGUUAUAAAUACGUGUCAUGUCAUGCUAUAUACAUGUUAUACCGAGAAUAGAUAAUAAAAAAUGGAAAAAUAAUAUAUUUAUUAAACGUG